AUGGCGCAACUUCUGCGCCUUAUGAUGGAAGACCGUGAGGCAGCCCGUGCAGAGCGCCAAGCUAACCUUGCUACCCUUCAGCACCUCGCACAACUUGCUACCGGAAAUGCCAACAAUGGUAAUGGUGGGAAUGGAAAUGGAGAACCCCGCUCUAAGCUGAAGGAUUUCCAGAGCACUAACCCUCCUAUUUUUGCCAAGUGCACUGAACCCCUCGACGCCGAUGAUUGGCUUCGCACCAUAGAGAACAACUUGGAGGUCGCCGGGGUCGGCAAUGAUGAGAAGGUGUUAUUCGCCACUCAUUACCUUUCUUGCCCUGCACGUGCUUGGUGGGAGAAUGUCAAAGCUAUUCAAGCUGAAGGACACGUCACCAACUGGGAAGAAUUCAAGGCCAAGUUCCGCAAGACCCACAUUCCAUCGGGACUGAUCAAGCUCAUGAAGGACAAGUUCAUGAAUCUGAGGCAAGGAAGCAUGUCUGUGGUGGAGUACAUGGACAAGUUCACCACACUGUCCAGGUAUGCACCGGAAGACACCGACACCGAAGAGAAGAAGAAGGACCGCUUUCUGAACGGUCUGCACGACGAGCUGCAAAGUAUCCUAGUAGCUGUCCCAUACCCUGACCUUGAGUCGCUGGUAGAUGCCUCUAUUAUGGUUGAGAGCAAGUGCAAGAAUGCAUUUGAGAACCGCAAGCGCAAGGCGAUGCUGCAGCAAGGUAGCUCCAGCACUCAGCUACCCCGCAAUUUUCCCCCACCAAAGCCGGCGCCCCAGCCACAGAGAACACCUCCCCCUACACCACGUCCCAACAGCAUCAACCAAAAUCCCAACUACAACCGCCAGAACAACACUGUCCGCAAACCCCCCUCUGGAUGUUACGCCUGCAGACAACCGGAUUAUUACUCUAACGAGUGCCCCAACAAAGUGGCUACUGGACUGCGCCCCAAUGCGCCCAAGCCAAAUCAAGGAAAAUCUCGCACUUCUUCUGGCAGGAACCAGAACCAUAUGAAGCCCGCUGGAGCACCUAGAGGACACCUGAAUCAUGUCAACACUGAAGAAGCUCAGGAAGCUCCGGAUAUUGUUCUAGGUACAUUCCUUGUCAACUCGGUACCCUCAACUAUUCUGUUUGAUUCCGGAGCCUCGCAUUCUUUCGUUACCAAGCCAUUUGUGAGAAAAGGAGGUUUAACCCCCACCCCCUUGAAGCGGCCUAUGCUCGUACAAAUCCCUGGAUCCACUAGCAAAACCCAGAGUUCUUGCAAAGAGGUUCCCAUAGAUAUCCAGGGGAAGCGUUUCCAUGCCAAUCUGAUAGUGUUGGGAGAGCAAGGUCUGGAAGUUAUUUUAGGUAUGGAUUGGAUGGUAAAGUAUAAGGGUCAUAUAGACUGUGCUCGCCGAGCCAUAACCCUGACUGCUGAGGACGGCGAGAAAAUUGAACAUGUAGCCACCAUGCCAUCAACAAAGGCCUUAUGCAAGAAGAGUGUCGCCAGUCCAGCCCUGCAUGAAGUACCCAUUGCUUGUGAGUAUCCUGAGGUUUUCCUAGAUGAAUUGCCCAGUAUGCCCCCUGAUCGGGAUAUCGAGUUUAUCAUUGAGCUAGUUCCCGGAACUGCCCCCAUCGCUCAGCGACCUUACCGAAUGAACCCCCAAGAGUUAGUGGAGUUGAAGAAGCAGUUGGAUGAUAUGUUGAGGAAAGGGUUGAUUCGCCCGAGCGCAUCACCCUGGGGAUCUCCCGUUAUCUUUGUGGAUAAGCGGGACGGUACUAUCCGCCUGUGCGUGGAUUACCGGAAACUGAAUGAUGUCACCAUCAAGAACAAAUACCCCCUCCCAAAGAUUGAAGAUUUUUUCGACCAGAUGAAUGGCACCCGAGUUUUCUCUAAGAUAGAUCUUCGAACUGGUUAUCAUCAACUCAAGGUUUGA